AUGUUCGUCCAGCAAGGGAAGCAAAUGUGUUGCUACGAUUGCGUUGAGUGCCCCCAAGGGAGGAUUUCAACCCAGAUGGAUGCAGACCAGUGUGAGAUGUGCUCAGAAGAUCAGUAUCCAAACAAGAACCAGGACCGAUGCAUUCCCAAAGAAAUAAGCUACCUAUCUUAUGAAGAGCCCUUGGGAGUAGUUCUGGCUUCCUUAGCUCUUGUCUUUAUUGUGAUUAUAGUUGUUGUGAUCGUGAGCUUCAUUCAGCACCACAAUACACCUAUCGUCAAAGCCAACAACUGGAGCAUCACGUGCGCCCUGCUCUCCUCUCUGCUGCUCUGCUUUCUAUGCUCCUUCUUGUUCAUUGGGAGGCCUGGGAAGGUGACCUGCCUGCUCAGGCAAACCAUGUUUGGCAUCGUCUUCUCCAUCGCAGUUGCUUGUGUGUUAGCAAAGACCAUCACUGUGGUUUUGGCCUUCAUGGCCACAAAGCCUGGAAACAGGAUGAGAAGAUGGGUUGGGAAGAGACUGGCUCUAUCAGUCAUCAUUCUCUCUUCUCAUAUCCAAAUUGGCAUCUGUGCUGUGUGGCUGGCAACUUCUCCCCCCUUCCCAGAGUAUGACAUGCACUCCCAGGUUGACAUGAUCAUAGUUCAAUGCAAUGAAGGCUCAGCCCUCAUGUUCUACAUUGUCCUGGGCUACAUGGGUUUUUUGGCCAUCAUCAGCUUCAUGGUGGCUUUCUUGGCCAGGAAGUUGCCUGAUACUUUCAAUGAAGCCAAGUUGAUCACUUUCAGCAUGUUGGUCUUCUGCAGUGUUUGGGUAUCUUUUGUGCCCACCUACCUGAGCACCAAGGGGAAAUAUAUGGUGGCUGUGGAGGUCUUCUCCAUUUUUGCCUCUGGUUCUGGCUUAUUGGCUUGUAUCUUCCUCCCCAAGUUCUACAUGAUUAUAUUCAGGUCAGAGCUGAACACCAGAGAGCAAUUAGUAAGGAAAAGGAAUGGUUACAAUUGA